AUGGCAGUGGCCGACAGACGCCCGGACCGUGUUGCAGAGCCGCCGCACACCCUGGAGCCAGGCUCGGACAACAGAGAUGGUCACCUCUCAGUCUGUACAAAGGUGUGCUAUGGCAUUGGUGGGGUCCCCAACCAGGUGGCCUCCAGCGCCUCAGCCUUCUACCUGCAGCUCUUCCUACUUGAUGUGGCACAGAUCCCCGCUGCCCAGGUGUCACUUGCCUUGGUCGGAGGGAAGGUGUCUGGGGCAGUUGCAGACCCUGUGGCUGGCUUCUUCAUCAACAGAAGCAGAAGGACAGGAUCUGGACGGCUAAUGCCUUGGGCACUGGGCUGCAUGCCCUUGAUUGCACUGGCCUACUUCUUCCUGUGGUUCCUGCCCCCGUUUACCAGCCUGCGCGGGCUCUGGUAUACCACCUUCUACUGCCUCUUCCAGGCCCUGGCUACGUUCUUCCAGGUACCCUAUACGGCGCUCACUAUGAUCCUCACACCCAGCCCCAGGGAACGAGACUCUGCCACUGCAUACCGGAUGACCAUGGAGAUGGCAGGGACCCUGAUGGGAGCCACUGUCCAUGGGCUCAUUGUGUCCAGCGCCCAUGGGUCUCAGAGGUGUGAGGACACUGUGCACCCCAGAAGCCCUGCUGUCUCCCCAGAUGCAGCUCGCCUCUAUUGCAUUGCUGCUGCUGUGGUUGCGUUGACUUACCCUGUAUGUGGCAGUUUGCUGUGCCUAGGAGUGAAGGAGCAGCCAGCUGCUUCUGCCCCAGCCUCGGGUGAAGGCUUGAGCUUCUUUACAGGCCUGGCCAUCACUUCCCGGCACCCACCCUACCUGAACCUGGUGGUCUCCUUCUUGUUCAUCUCAGCUGCCGUCCAGGUGGAACAGAGCUACCUGGUCCUGUUCUGUACACACGCCUCCCGGCUACAAGAUCAUGUCCAGAGCUUGGUGCUAACCAUCCUGGUCUCAGCCGUGCUGAGCACUCCACUGUGGGAGUGGGUUCUCCAGCGAUUUGGGAAGAGGACAUCUGCGCUUGGGAUCUGUGUGAUGGUGCCUUUUUCUAUCUUGUUGGCUGCUGUGCCCUCUGCACCCGUGGCCUAUGUUGUGGCCUUUGUCUCUGGCGUGAGCAUUGCUGUGUCGUUGCUGCUGCCCUGGUCCAUGCUGCCAGAUGUGGUGGAUGACUUCCAGCGGCAGCACCAUCACGGCCCAGGCGUGGAGACUAUCUUCUACUCAUCCUAUGUCUUCUUCACCAAGCUGUCAGGCGCAGGAGCCUUGGGCAUCUCCACCCUCAGUUUGGAGUUUGCAGGGUAUGAGGCAGGAGCCUGCCAGCAAGCAGAAGAAGUGGUGGUCACCCUCAAGGUCCUCAUUGGUGCUGUGCCCACCUGUAUGAUCCUUAUUGGUCUGUGCAUCCUCCUGGUUGGCCCCGCUGCCAAGAUGCCACGCCAGGACGCCUCCCAGCUAAGCCUUCGGAGGAGGACUAGUUACAGCCUCGCCUGAGCUUUAAAGAGGACCUCUGUGAGCUGGAAGAGCAGAAACCUUCAUUUCCUGGAACUAUCUUUGCAGCCCCAACCCACUCCUAGCACAUGCUGGCAACUUGUUACAGAGUAAUUUUCCUUGUUCAUGGAGACUUUAGUGACAUCUCCUAAAGGGCCUGGCCCAGGUCCAGGAAUCCUACCCGACCCCUCCUUGUCUGUUGAACCUGGACCCUUUUAGGC